CGAACCAAAUCCGCUCAUUCUCUACACCACGGUCGAUUAGAACACCAAUAGUUCUCCAGCCGCCGUAAAUCCUUCAACUACAAUCCAAUGGAGGCUAGCGCAAAGGCAAAGAAAGGAGCAGGAGGAAGAAGAGGAGGCGAGAAGAAGAAGUCGGUUUCUCGAUCCGUCAAGGCCGGUCUUCAAUUCCCCGUCGGCCGUAUCGCUCGUUAUCUGAAGAAAGGGCGCUACUCUCAACGUGUUGGCACCGGCGCUCCAGUCUACUUGGCAGCCGUGAUGGAGUAUCUAGCCGCUGAAGUUCUUGAAUUGGCUGGAAACGCUGCUAGAGACAACAAGAAGAACAGGAUCAUUCCUAGGCAUGUGCUAUUGGCGAUCAGGAACGACGAGGAACUCGGAAAAUUGCUCGCCGGCGUAACUAUUGCUAGUGGUGGAGUUCUUCCAAAUAUUAAUCCGAUUCUGUUGCCGAAGAAGACAGAUAAGGCUGUGAAAGAGCCGAAAUCUCCAUCAAAGGGCGGAAAGUCGCCGAGCAAGUCGUCUUAAACGGUGAAUUAAUCUGUAAUUUAGGGUUCUAUGUUUUGUGGUAAGCGUAGACGAAGAUCUAGAGAUUAAUGUAAUCGAUAUGUUUAAUUUACCAAUUUACCGGCGAGGAAUCAACCUGAUGACUUGUUCUGUUCUUACUUC